AUGCCGCCUACGAAUCGUCUGCGGCGGCGCAACAGACUACCCUCAUCAUUCCGCAUUGCAGCAUCAGUAGUCGUAGCGGUCACACUCAGCGCGUACUGCGCGACAGCGGAAACGACACCUUCGCGGCUUCUGUCCCGCACCUCCGACCUCGCAGACACCGAGCCGUUAGCAGCUCGAGACCCGGACACAUCGGGUCAAGAGGCAUCGGCAGGCGAUUCAAUCGAACGGCGAUCGGUCGAUGCAAAACAGGACGCAGCAGACUCUCUCAACCGUCGCAAACACGUCACAUUCCAGAACCUUGAUCAGCUACAAGCGGCGGUGGGUCUAGAAGCAUCCGGAAGCAAUCUUCGUGAUUCCAAGCUCACGCGUCCGAAAAUCCCCGCCGCCCUUCGCUACACGGAUGCGCCUGCUGCAGAUGCGGAUGCGGAUCCUGUGCUAUCAUCCAUGCCCGACUCCGAGCUUUUCCCAGUGGCAGACUCCCGACAACACGAGCCCAAGAAAGGUGCUGGUCGUGCCAGCACUUACAACCAAGACCUGGUUGGCAAGCAAACCGGCAAUGGCUACGUCUUCAGCAAACACGCAAACUCAGACUUGACGAUCUCGGAUGCGGGUGCAGCAUUGUUUACGCUCUUCUCACGGCGCGACUCGCCGGUCAGCCGCCCGCCAUUGGUGCCCAACUCGAACUCGAGACUGCUUAUCGGGCUCGUGAUUGUCUGCAUCAUCGCCGUCGGUCUUCUUACGCUCGCGGCGCAAGAGAUGUGGAAGCGCUUGCAAGCAGCAGUACAGCCGCGCUCACCGCGAAGGAGACGGUCUGGCGACGGUCGCUCUGCAAGGGUACUCUAUCGUAACGAUGGCGGCUACGGAUCGCAGCACACCAACGGUAUUGCAGUACCGUCACUGGAGGAGGAAGAAGAGCGCAUCAAGACUCCGCCGUCCUUGUCCCGUCGCACCAGCAGCGCAGCAGCAUCCCCCCUCACGCCCUCUCCGCACACCGAGAGUCGAUCCGACUCGGACGACGAAGAGGUGGAGCGCAAGGCGUCGAAUGACCUACGCUACUUCUCGCUUCCAUUUGGGAUCGGCAUCGGAUACUCCUACGCCAACAUUGCAGAUGGGCGUGAAGCAAGGAUGCGGAUAUCAAGGAUAGCAGCGAAGCGCUCGCGCAGUCGGGGCAGCUCGAGCAUGGCGCUCUCAUCGGGCGCAUUGCCAAUCGCGGGUACGACAGCGGUCAGCGGUACAGAUGGGCUCCGGUCGCGAACACGCUCGCUCAAGGAGCUGUGCCGGGAUGCGUUCGUCGGCACCACGUCUCGCGACAUUGGCGUCAUCUCAGAGGAAGAAGGCGAUGGCGAGAUGACGGCGGUCUCGACGCCAAGGUGGGGCUCGAGCCUGGUCUCGUUCGAUUUGCCAGAUUCGGAUAGGGGUAGCGGCGCGGUGACGCCAACAGGCCCGAGCGUGCAUACGAGUACUACAUCAGGUAUUGCGCUCGAGGACCUGGCCUCACAGUCAGGAAAAGGACGCUAUUUCGCUCCCGAUGGAGCGGCAUCAAGCUCGGGUCACACGCUCAUCGAUCUCGGACUCGGCACCCCCGAAAUUGCGGUGUCGGAUCCCGUCGGCAUCACCCGACCUGCAUCGACGCCCGGGGUGAUGCCUUCGCAGGUGGCCCGACACCCGCAGGUGGAGCAGCUGCGCCGCGAAGGACGAUCCGAGACGGGCAAGAGGGUCGGAAAGGGUACUCCGACCAAUGCCAAGCUUCACUGA